ACACGAGGAGAAGUGGUAUAAAAUGGGGGCAAUUGAUGCCUAUUCAUAUUUUUUCGGGUUACCAUAAGACUGCAGGAGAAGAGGGAAAAGCAGGGGAGGAAGGAAAGGGAGAGAGAGAUGAAGGGAUGCGAGCUGUGCGAGCGGGAGGCGAGGAUGUACUGCGAGUCGGACCAGGCGAGUCUGUGCUGGGAGUGCGACGCCAAAGUCCACGCCGCCAACUUCCUCGUCGCCCGCCACUCCCGCACCCUCCUCUGCCGCACCUGCCAAUCCCCCACGCCUUGGCGGGCGGCCGGUGCCCGCCUCGGCCCCACCGUCUCCAUCUGCGACCGCUGCAGCCGCCUCCUCGCCGGAGGGAAGCAGCCGCCGGAGAUAGGUCGCGAUGAAGCCGGUGGAGGAGAAGAAGAGGAAGGAGAAGGAGGAGGUGGAUAUGGAGAAUUGGCGGAAGAAGAAGAGGAGGAGGAGGAAGAGGACGAGGAGGAAAUUGAGGACGAGGAAGAGGAAUUAGAGGAGGAGGAUGGAGAGAACCAGGUGGUGCCGUGGUCGCCGCCGCUGCCGCCGCCGCCGGCGAGCUCUUCCACGAGCGAGGAGUCGUCCAGCCGGAGCAGUAAUGGAUUCUUGAAGAGGAUGCGGGAGAACGCUACAGAGCUCGCUUCUCAGGAGGGACCCACCAUCUCGUCGUCGCCGAGCUACGUCGCGUUGGCUCUGGCUCAAGCUCGGGCGCCAUGGUCUCCGGCUGGUGCCACGGCCGAGGACGAGGCCACUUCCUACCGCCCCUCCAAGGACCGAAGGAAAUCGGCACACCUUCGCUCGGCUCCGGCUCCGGCUCCGGCUCAACCCGGCGGUUCGCCCGGAAAAGACCAGCACGGAGGAGCCCGCCCGACCGCCGACACCUCCGCCGCCGCCGUCCUCGAGAUCCGAGACUGCGGAGAUCAUCGAGCCGUCGAUCUUGUGUCCACCGCCUCCCGUGGUCCUCCGAUAUGAGACCGUUCUCUUACGAGCUGAAAGUCUAACGCCCAGACAGAGCUAACCGAAGUGUGGCCACCGGCUAACUCAACACGUGCGGGGGUGGAUUGCUUAUAAUGUUAAGAUCUCGUCCCGGUUUGUUUUUUGUGUGUGACAGCAUGGUGUACAGGGUAAAGACUGGAUCAGGGUGUUUGCUGACUUUUUUUUUUUUUUUUUUUUUUGGGGGUAUCUUGCCUCUGUCCGCUCGUACACAGUUUGAUGGAUUCUUUUAGCAACAAUCAUACAGUAUUAGACUUGAAUUUAAGAUAGUAAA